AUGCAAAGCGUGAUCAAAGUAGAGAAUUCACCUUCCAAUAUACGCGAGUCAUCCAACGACAAGAACAACAGCUUACUUGAGCUACCAAUGACACAGGAUAGUCGAGAUGCGGUGAAUGAUGAUCUUGUGCUUGGAGCCGACAGCUUGAUUCGACUUAGGGAGCACCACGAGGAUGAUUGGCAUCACCGAUCCCGAGAGAGCAAUAGCAACAGCAGCAGCACAAGACAUCCACAAGAAUCAUUACACAGCUACCGCUUUGCAUCAUCCAAUAGCAGCACCACUCGCACUGAUAUUGCCGACUUGCGUAGAAGUCUUAUGAAUCGCUCCAGAAACUUCAUUCGACAAUCGAGAUCAUCCUCUUGGAAGACGACCGAUACAUUGCCAGCUCAUUAUGAUCCAGCCACGAUGAUGAUGAUGGAAGACAUUGGACGUACAAAGACAAAGAGUGUGGGUCAUAGCCCCGUCGCCUACUUUAGUAUGGAACAUUAUCGCACCAGCAGCAGCAGUCGGCGUCGGCAACACACGAAUCCGAUGGCAGAUAUCAUAGAAGGCAAAUCCUCGAGACCAGCAUCGCCUGUGACACCAGAUGAUGGCGAUCUUGUAGCAGAAAAGUUCAAAAGUCUCAAAGUGAAUGAAACCACCACCACAACAACAACGACACGACCCUCCUCUUGUUCUCCACCACCGCCUCUCAAUAUCAUCACACCCGAUGACAACAAUAACAACAACGACAAUACGACGUCGACGACUACUACCGAACGAUUUUCAAGAACAUCCACAGCAUCUUAUUCAUCUUCAUGUUGUUCUUCAUCAUCUUUAUCAGAUGAUCCAAGGAAUGAUGGUGGUACAUUAUCUCCACGGCAUCAACAAAGACAUCCAUCAUCGUGUGCUGCGAUAUUCCCCCACCCAGUGUUGCAUAACACAUCACGUUUUCUUCCUCAAAAUCAAGCUAUUCUCACAACGUAUGAUGACUGGCGUGUUAUAUUAUCAAACGACAUUGCAGCAUUGGUUUUGGUGGGUGCUUCCGGAAGUUGUCGUAGCUUGGUGGGUCGAUCGGUUGUUGAGUUUAUUGAGCCAUCCUAUCGAUCUCGUUUCCUUGAUAUGGUCAGCAAAAGGAAACAAGAAUUAAGUCAUCUUGAAGACAGCUCUGGCGGAAUGGUACUUGUUUGCGGCAACGUGCUUCCUAUUGUAAAGCAGGACGGCACCAAAUCCGCGGCAUCUUUGUGGCUCAAAGAAAAACGGAACGACGCCGGUUCACCGGUCUACAUCUGGAUCUUUGAAGAAGUCUUUGAAACCGUCACACAUCUUUCCAUUGAUAUGGAGGGUACUAUACGUUAUGUUGAUGAUACAGUGCAUGAAUUGUACGGCUAUGAACCAGGCGAAUUGAUUGGGCAAUCGGUUGAUAUGAUAAUUCCAUCACUGGCGCAAAGUCCAUAUGCCAACCGGGUCGAGCAUAUCAACCAUUUGCGUUUCUUUGGAAGUCGAACCAAGUUGGGUGCCCAUUUUCCCAUCGUCGCCAAGGUGCAUACAGUGUCUAGAUCCGAUGCCAGUGACCAGCGGCAACAGCAACAGGUCCCGUGUUUUACGCUUCGCAUCACUUCCAUACCAAUGAUUGCAGGUCUUGUGACUAUUCAUCGCGACGGCACUAUUGAGGGAUGCAAUGCCGAAUUUGCAAAGUACAUGUUUGGAUUAUCGCAGGAUGCAUUUGUGACCGGAAAGAAACAAGGCAUCGCCGACGUGCUUCCACAAAUACCUACUUUGCUUCAAUGCUUGCAACGUGAUGAUCUUUUACAGCACGGCAUUAUCAUCAACAGCCUUAUUUGUCGCAAAUUGGUAGCCGACAUGGAAACCACACCAAGAUUUCUUUCACCUAUGCAAGGAUCCAAUAGCCGCAAAUUGACAGAGACACCCAAUGGUCAAUCAUUGCCUAUUCUAUUCGCCGUUCAUCGUGACAAGACACCAUUUGAAGUACAACUACAACUCAAGUUAAUGGAAGGCACGGAUGAUAUUUGUGCGCUGUGGAUUACUUUUGAUCGUGAUGCAACCUUUGCACGAUUUGGUCAUGUUAUUCGAGCUACCAAUCCACCAUUGGAAAUUAAACAACAAGAUGGCCUUGGUCUUCCUACUGCAAAACGACCUCCUGCCGACAAGACAACGACGUCGUCUUCAUCCGAUGAUCAACAUUAUCCUCCUAGCACAGCCUCGAGUGCAAUUAGCACGAGCAUCAACGACAAAUCAGAUCAUUCUUGUUCAAAACACGAUGAUUCGACACCCUUGAAUCCUCGUUCACAAGAAGAAAAUGAUCGACCAGCACCACGCAUCAUCACCAGCUUUUCACGGCCGACGUUUGCAUCCACUGUGAAUAACAAUGAUAAUGGCAGCAACAACAAUGUACCUUCAUCACCCAUUUCACCUUGCACCAUUGGGACGCCUGUGAAUGGAACACGACAACGAUCGGGUAGCUUAUUCCAAACAUACGCAUCAUCAUCAUCAUCAUCGUCAUCGGGACCUGAAUACUCUGCACAAACCAAUGCCACAACGAUUGACGAUUACACCAUCAUUGAGAAUCUUGGACAAGGAGCCUAUGGGCUUGUCAAGUUGGCUGUACGUAAGGAUGAUCCUGAAGAACGCAAGGUGGUGAUCAAGUAUGUGAUCAAGUCGCGAAUCCUUGUUGAUUGUUGGACCAAGGAUCGUAAGCUGGGUGUGAUCCCCGUCGAAAUUCAUAUCCUUCAUACGUUACGCAAGAUACCCCACGCCAAUUGUAGUGACAUGCUGGAUUACUUUGAAGACGACGAUCACUAUUACAUUGUGAUGGGAUUACAUGGUGUCGGCAUGGACCUUUUCGAUUACAUUGAGCUCAAGAAUGGCAUGGAUGAUAUGGAGAUUCGAAGCAUUUUCAAGCAAAUUGCUCUUGCCGUACGACAUUUACACGAUCACAAGAUUGUUCAUCGUGAUAUCAAGGAUGAGAAUGUCGUUCUUGACCAAAACGGUGGUGUACGACUUAUUGAUUUCGGCAGCGCUGCCUAUCUCAAAGGCCGUCGUUACGAUACAUUUGUGGGUACACUCGAUUAUGCUGCCCCGGAGAUCCUCGCUGGUCAAACCUACGAAGGACCUGCUCAAGAUAUUUGGGCACUUGGUAUUCUUCUUUAUACAUUGGUGUACCGAGAAAACCCAUUUUACGACAUUGAUGAGAUCCUCAGCCAUGAAUUACGCAUUCCAUUUGUGCUAUCAGAAGGCUCCUUGGAUUUGAUUCAAAAGAUGCUUGAUCGUAACGUGGAGAAUCGUCUCAAUAUCCAUCAAGUCUUGGAACAUCCAUGGCUCAAUUGA